AUGUCCUGCUGCGGUCGCACCUGCGCCGGUAGCAACUUCCGCCAAUACUGCCGGUGCCGCUACAUCGGCCGAUACUCAAGCGGAAACGCCCACACAGACCUCAGUCCUAACAUCUUCAACGUCGGAAGCACCCACAACUCAAGUGCCAACCACUACCGAGUCUUCGACAUCAGUUUCAACCUCUUCAACGUCAUCGUCAUCGUCGACCACAACAGCCCCGGCAGAACCUACAACGACGAGCACCUCAUCACACACAACAUCAAUAUCGACAACGACAACGUCGUCGUCAUCUUCAACGACAACGUCGUCGUCAUCGUCAACGACAACAGAUCCUGUUCCUACCAGCAGUUCCGCGUCAGAAACCAGCCGCACGGUCGAUGUCGUCACAACAGUUGUAACACAAACACCUACCAAUGGCUCUACGGGAGUAGAAACUCUCACUAUAACCUCGACAGACACAUCGAUCCCAACAGCCACUGCGGGUACGGCAGCGGACGGGGCUUCUAUCACUGGAAGCGGCUCGUCGGCUACUGGGACUUCAAAGAGUACCAACAGCGGUAG